CACUCACCUCAUCUUUGACAUGGACGGCCUACUGCUGGAUACCGAGCGUCUCUAUACAGUAGUUUUCGAAGAGAUUUGUGGGCGUUUUGGAAAGACCUAUACCUGGGAUCUGAAAUCCUUGGUCAUGGGUAAAAAAGCCCUAGAAGGAGCACAGAUUAUUCGAGAUGUUCUAGAUCUUCCAAUAACCAAAGAAGAGUUAUUACAGGAAAGUAAAAUGAAGCAGGAGAAGAUAUUCCAUACUGCUGAAUUGAUGCCAGGGGUUGAUAAGCUGAUCCGUCAUUUACACAAACACAACAUACCCAUAGCUGUUGCCACCAGCUCAGCUGAAAUGACAUUUCAGAUGAAAACAGCCAGACACAAAGACUUCUUUGGUCUUUUUCAUCAUAUUGUGUUGGGAGAUGACCCCGAGGUGAAGAAUGGCAAGCCAGAGCCUGAUGUAUUUCUAGUCUGUGCAAAGAGAUUUCACCCUCCUGCACUUCCAGAGAAGUGUCUUGUGUUUGAAGAUGCGCCACUUGGAGUGAAAGGAGCCCUGGCAGCAGGAAUGCAAGUGGUUAUGAUUCCAGAUGAAAAAUUAAAUCCAGAUCUUAAAAAGGAGGCAACACUACUGCUGAACUCCAUGGAAGAUUUCAAACCAGAACUGUUUGGUUUACCAGCAUAUGAUUAGUGCCUAAUCUCUAUGAACAUGCACUUGACUGCAGGUUGGGAAAGUGGAAUGAAAUUUUGUUAUGGUUUUAUGAUUCUUUUGCAUCUUUUCCUCUCUUCCUCAAAACUAGAGCACAAAAAUUCUGUUAACACCAAGUCUUCUACACCGUACCUCUGAAAGUUGACUGGAAUGUUUACGAUUUGUCCUCGUGAUAACUGCUAAAUUAAAGCAGCAUUUCGUCUUGUGAAGUGAAUCCAGCCUUGUUCUCUGCUGUGGUGGGCUGUCCCUGGCUGGAUGCCAGGUGCCUGCCACAGCCACUCUUCUCAACUGGAUAGGGGAGAAAAAAUGUAACGAAAUGGGUUGAGAUAUCUCAUGGGUUGAGAUAAAGACAGGGAGAGAUCAUUCACCAGUUACCAUCACAGGCAAGAGACUCCACUUGGGGAAAUUAAUUUAAUUUAAUACCAAUCAAAUUAGAGUGGGAUAAUGAGAAGUAAAAACAAAAUCUUAAAACACCUUUCCCCACCCCUCCCUUCUUCCUGGUCUUAACUUUACUCCCAAAUUCUAUACCUCCUCCCCUCCAGUGGCACAGGGAGGGAGGCAAUGGGGGUUGCAGUCAGUUCAUCGCGUUACCUCUAACUCUCCUUCCUCCUCAGGGGCAGGACUCCUCACACUCUUCCCCUGCUCCAGUGUGCGUUACCUCCCAAGGAGAUGGUUCUCCAUGAAAUUCUCCAUCAUGGGUCCUUCCCAUGGGCUGCAGUUCUUCAUUAAUUGCUCCAGCAUGGGUCCCUUCCACAGGGUGCAGGCCUAGAGGAACAGACAGCUCCAGCAUGGGUCCCCCACAGCGUCACAAGUCCUGUCAGAAAACCUGCUACAGCGUGGGCUUCUCCCUAUGAAAUCCCAGGUCCUGCCAGGAGCCUGCUGCAGCACAGGCUCUACAGAGAGUCACAGUCUCUUUCAGGUGCAUCCACCUGCUCCAGUGUGGGGUCCUCCGCAAGCUGCAAGUGGAGAUCUGCUCCACUCUUAAAACUCCAUGGGCUGCAGGGGGACGGGCUGCAGGGGAAUCUUCGCUCUGUCACCUGGAGCACCUCCUCUCCCUCCUUUUUCACUGACGUUGGGGUCUGCAGAAUUGUUUCUCUCACAUAUUCUCACUCCUCUCUCCAGCUGCCAUUGCUGUUCCCCAGGUUUUUAUUCCUCUUCUUAAAUGCGUUAUCACAGAGGCACUACCACCGUCACUGAGAGGCUUGGCUUUGGCCAGCAGCUGAUCCGUCUUGGAGCCAACUGGCAUUGACUCUCUAGGACACAUGGAGAAGCUUCUAGCAGCUCCUCACAGAAGCUACCCCCAUAGCCCUCUGCACCAAAACCUUGCCACACAAACCCAAUGCAUCUGCACAUCAUAGAAGCUUCUUGUUCUGUUUCCACUUGAAUGAGUUACUGUUUAGAUCUUAACCAGAAAUCUGUUCUAGAUUGGCUUUUAUCCCAUUACAUUUUUUUUUUAUACAGUUAUUGCUAUCAACAUGUUUAUUCAUUUCUUCAUCCUGUACUUCCCCACCUAAUGCCCUUUGUAUCCUGUGGUCAUUGGCUUUUUUUGCAGUUAUUUGCAGGGUUUCUGUUGUACUUCUUGUGUUUUCUUAUUUUGUUUUCUUCUCCUUCAAUAUUCAAGGUGAAUUUCUUUACAUUUCUUUGCUCCUGGAUUUAAAAAAGACCAAACUUCUACAUCUUCUAUGUAGACUUUUCUUUUUUCUGUUACUGUGGUCUGUUCAUAACUCAAAGAAUUAAGAAACUUUUUUUCAGUAUGGUCAGUCAUAGAAUCAUAGAAUUGUCCAGGCCAGAAGGGACCUCCAAAGGUCACCUAGUCCAGCCUCCCUGCAGUCAGCAGGGACACCCCCAACUAGAUGAGGUUGCCCCCAGUCAAAUAGGACCUAGAUGAUACUUGAAGAUUUUUAGUACAUAUUAGUAUAUAUACAUAUACCGUGUAAAACAUAGUAUAAUGUUUUAUAGUUAAAUGCUUUUCAUCUACGGAUCUGGAAGCAUUUUUUUUUAAAAAGGGGUAAAUAUUGUUUCAGUAUAGGUAUUUUGCAUAUUAUGUUACUUCUUUAGGUCCGUGGAUAUUGCAGUCAGCAGUGUUUGUCCAGUAGUAACAACUUAUCCCAUCCAAUAUGAAUUCCAUUUCUGGUCUUUCCAGAGAAGAUAACAGAGAAUUUGCUGUAUAAUUCUUCCUUCAACUUGUGUUGCAUAACGCAAAGUGUUACUGUAGAGCAAUAAUUUUGAGCUUUCAAGUGUAAAACAGGUGCCUGUUGGGAUCCCCUUCGUUCAUAAUUGCUGAAUUCCAACAGGGAAGUUACUAGGUAGAACAAGCUUUAAUAAGCUGUAAUUAGUAACUUUUCCAAAGUUUUGCAUAUAUUUAAUUUAACUGAGGAGUUUUACACAAAAUAAAAAUGAAAAAAAAUGAAUUACAUCUCAUUUACAGUUUACUUUGAAGGAACUGUCAUCAGCCUUGAAUUUUCUUUUUAAAAAUGUAGAGACAUUAAUAAAUAUAUCACUGACAAAAUCAGAAUUACUUCAUCAUGACCACUAUGAUGAGAUCAGCAUACCCUGCUAUUCUAAUUUAAUAGCCUUAUCUUAUGCUGAGAAUUGAUAGUCAGAAAACUACCACUUCUUAACUCAACAGUAAAUGCUAUCCCAUACAAUUAUUCUUUCAUGCAUUUAGUAUUCCACUUGACAGUUGAGAUUAUUGCCCCAAACUGAAAUUUGUGAACCUGAGCCAUACAUUAUAACCUUCCCCUCCUUUUACUAAUAAUUCCCUUCCAUCUACUUUACUGAUUGCUGUUGACCAACAGCUGGUCCUGUGCUGACCCAUUUGACUGUUAUUAAAGGAAGUAUCAGUGUUGUGGUUAGCUUCUCUGUUGGCUGAGUAAGAAAUAAAAGAGUACACAAAAUUAAGUUCUUCACCUAUAGUAAUUUUAAAAAUCCUUUCAUCUCCAUCAUACGAAAAAUGGAUAUUUAUGUCAGCAGUAGGUGCCUGCAGCUUGCCUGAUUAACCAUAUACCAACUAUCAACAUAUGUUUGUAUAUAUUUCUUUACUCACUUUGUGGUUGGAUUUGUGGCUCUGUAGCUCGAUCAUCUCAACAACAUCUGUUGAAAAAGAAAAAAAAAAAAGGAUUAAAAACUUGGAUCCCUUCCUUCCAUCUGCUGCUCUGCAGUUGAAGUCCUGUUUUGACUGGACUAAAAAAAUCCAUACCAGAUCCUGGCUACAGAUCAUGAGGACAUGUGAGCAAUCAGGACAUUUCAAUGCUCCAUCUGUGUUUGUAUGAAGAGGACUGUUAAAAACUAAUCCAAAAACUCUGUCCUCUAACUCAGCAAGCAAACUUCAGUCCCGACAAAUACUGAAGUGCAUGCUAAAUUCAAUUAUAUUAAGCAUAGAAAUUAAGCACCAGCUUAAUUUCAAGAAUAUGUUUAAUUUUAUUUUGGCUUAAUAUAGAACAUGUACUUCAGGAAAAUCCUGAGAAUUCCAGCCUCCACAAAAUAAAGGCAUAACUUCAGGAUCGAGUUUUUACCAUUGGAAAGUAGGAUAAGUGCAGCAAGAUGGAGCUAAAUUCAGCCAUGAAAAUAUAGAUAAUGGGAAAAUAAAAAAAAGGCCAGUUAGUCAUGUGUGAAGUGUUGUACUAGAACUCCUUUCUGCCUCACAAGUGAAUUAGGUUUUACAUUUUGCUGUAACUCCAGUGGGAUUAAUCUUGAUAGAAUUUGCAAGUUGCAAAGAUAUACAUAAACAGGAGUUUCACCAAAUAUAUUCAAGAGAAAAUUCAUUGCAUUGGUACAGGAUUAAUUUCAAAAUGCAGUCUGCAAAGCUUGGCAUUUGCCUUCUACAAAUAAAGAUCGGAAGAAGGUGAGAUGUUUGGUCCUCAUUUGGAUUAGAUGUCUUUCUAAAGAAUGCUAUAGUUAAACCAUAGAAACCUCUGGCCAACAUCAGGCUCCUGUUGCAUAUAUUCCAAAAAAUGUCUUCAGCAGAAGCUAAACUAGAUAAAUCAGAAAAAAGUUGCAAGAAACUUCAUAGUAAGAAGAAAUAAAGUGGUUUUCCACUGCAUUAAGAUUCCUCUGUAUCUUUAACAAUUAGAGAAUGAAUCUUGACAUUUUCUGCUUUAUUACUAGCUCUAGAUAUUGGUUAUGCGUACAGAAAUCCACUCGUUUUCUAAAAAAAAAAUAUGAUAAAUUUAGACACCAAAACCACUAGCUAGACACUAAAUUCCAUAUGAAAAAUUUAUUUAUUUCUAAUAUUUUAAUAUUAGGAUAAUAUUAAACAAUAAUACUUUAAAAAAAAAAAAACUAAUGAAUUUGUUUCCAUUUAUUUGUUUCUAAUUUACCACUUUGUAACUUCACUAAACUUCCUGUGUUUUGACAUUGAGUGGGUAGAACUGUUUUUUUGCCAAAUCAGUGGAAAUAAAUGAAAAUAAUUAGGUGGACAGAAAGGAGCUCUCUCAGAACAUUUCUCUGUCCCAAAAGAAAUAUGACUGUCAUCCACACUUUACCUUUUCUUUGGCUGACACUUCACAAAUUUUGGGUUUAAUCACUUUGUUACAGUGGAGAACAGAGGGAAGAUGAGAACUCAAAAUCAAAGCCCUAACCAUAACUUCCAGGAGCUGAGGAUCCUGCCCUGGCAGCAGGGCUUACUGAGUGCUGGUGGCUGUGUCCACACCAGGUAGCUCAGUUACAACAAAAUUAAUAGAUUUUAGAUGGCAGCGGAUGACAUAAGGAAGGCUGUUGGUCUCUUCUGUUCUUGACUCUUCAGCCCUUCGGCUCUAAGCCAUUGUAUUCAAAAUGUUAGGAGUUGGCUCGCGCUCGUGAUGAAAAGAAACCUCAGCAGGGAGAAAGCAUUUCAGCUCUCAUCCAUCUUUUUGCAGCUCUUCUACAAAUCUUCUACUUGUCCUUAGCCCACUGAUUCUGGAGGGAAAAUCUUUGCAUUAAGAGAGGCAAAACCCAGGUCAAAAACAUAUUCAAAGACAUUGUGUUAUGAGGCAUUGAUAUUUAUAGACAUAACAGUCAACCUCCAGAAGCAUGUUCCUUAAAACCAAGGCCCAAAGCAAACGAAGCAGUUAAAAACCAGAAUCAAAGAAGAUGUGUAAAUUGCUUCACUAGCCUCAGAGCACAAAUAAAUGUAGAAAAUAUAUCAGUAGAUGCCUCAGUUCAGAUGCUGGUAAGAUUGUGAAAUCAUUUCAGCUUUGACUUCCAAGUCAUUUCAGUUUUGACAAAGCUACAGUUACAAAACUGGAAGAGUAUGUCAUCAGCUUGAAGACAACUGGAAAAAACUGCUGCAUACCAGUUUUCUCCAUCAUCCUUAGCUCAAACUGAAUAUCGACGGAGUGAAUUCUUCAUUUCUUUGAAGUCAACAACACCCCCAUGGAAACCCAUAGGAGGGGAUAUUGGAAAUGUACUGGUAACAGUCUUUUACCCAUGAUAUCAUGGUUAAAAGUGUAUUGUGCUGGUGCCAUUUACUCCUCAUGUCUUAAAAGGCAAUAACGCUAUAUAGCCAGCUACUGCUUCUCAUUUAGAUAAUUUUGAAGUUGGAGAACAAAGGUUUAAUUAAGUUCCUGUAGAUCUGAGAAAGCAGUUUCCACUGUAUCAUCUGGAUGUCUCACUAUUAAUCUAAUUGAUUACUACUACCUACAUACCUAGGGUGUGGGCAAUGUGUGUGCUAGUAACAGUAUCCAAUCCAAAUUGCUGUAUGGCUGCAAGUAAAACUGCACUAACUUACACUCAAAUGUGAUAAAAUCAAAAAAUUAGGAACUUCAAACGUGAGUUUCAUUGUCCAGAUCAUCUGCCGUCUUUCUGAGGAAAGGAAGUGUUUAAUAGGGGAACACAUAGAUCUACAAAUAAUAGAAAAAUUCACUUGCCAAAGCCUUCUCAUACAAUGAUGUAGCUUGUUUGGGGAAUGUAAAUAUAAUAGUUCCAUAAAAUAGCUUAAUUCGUAAUGACUUUUUCCAAAGGUGGGGUAGAAAUGUGCCAGGGCAAGAGGAAGACACACAUUGGUCAACCAUCCUGAUCCUCUUUUGAUUCUGCCAGAGGGUACCUGAGACCAGGAAAAGGAGAGGAGUUUUUCUGACUGUUAAUCGAAGUACAGCUUUGGCAUAACAAACUCAGAUACACAAAUUUUAUCUCUGUUCUCACAGUUUUCUCUAUUACAUAUGAACUUUAGAGGUAAACAAAAAUAUGUGAAAUGUAGUUAGGCUUCAGCUGCAGAAAAUUCUCUGUAUAUGUUGCCAAAAAUGCAAACAAGCAUCUCAGUGACAUACCAAUAUAACCGCUGUUCGCAGUGGUUGACCCAGAUGCAGCUUCUCGUGCUCUUUAGUCAGCUAAGACACUGAGCACCUCAAGCACUGGACGAGGGUCUUAUGCUCAAGAAAGAGAAGGUAAGAGCUACACUGGGAAAAAAUAAAAUAAAUAAAAAAAAAAAAGGUAAUGUUUUCCCAUUUCAGAAAAUGCUGAAAGUCGGUCAAUAGUGUUGUAUCUUGUGAAAUGUCUUUUUGCUGUUGCAGAAUGUAAUUUCAGCAAAGAGUUUUAUCACAUAGGAAUAUUUCACACAUUUAACCUGCUGCAGAAUAACCACAGAGACAUGGAUGCUAUAAGCCAGUUCUAAGCAGGGAGAGCACAGUUUUCAUUGCAGUAUCAAAAAAGGGGGGAGGAAUGGGGUACACAAGAUGAGGGAAACGAAGUGUUAAUCCUUGCUAAAAUACCAUCUUGAUUUAAAAAUUUUGAACACUGUGCAAACUGUAUUGAAUCAUCUUAUUACUGUGUCUUCAUUGCUUGGACAUGAUCCAAAAGUGCUAUAUUUUAACUGAAAAAUUGGAAAACUGAUUAAGUCAAAAUGGAUUUCCUGGUGCCCUAUGACUGCAGCCUUGUAAACUUAUUGAUUAUGGCCCUCAACAUUGUUCUUAUUGAUGGCUUCAUCUGAAACAUUGUAAAACCCAUGGCGUUCCCUUUCUUCAGACCAAAUACAUUAGGAAAGUGACUUUAUGUUUUUCAGUGCAAUAUGAGGCAGGAAAAUACGGUGGAUUUUUUCCCCUCUCUAAAGCAAGUCUUACUGUAAGUAAAUUUAUUAAUCCUAUAAUUUCAUCGUGUCCUAUUUCCUUAGCCUGUAUUGUGUAACUCUGGUCGGUGAUGAUUUUGUCAAAGUUACAGAGUAUAUACAUAGCUGAAAUUUGUGUCCAGAAAUGAAUUUAUUUGUCUGGAGUGUACUAAACACAUUCCAUGGCUAUUUUAUCAAAUUAUUUUCAAUUUUUUGUGGGUAUGGUUGAAGGAAGGUGGUUUGUGAAAUUGUAUAUGAAAUUGCAUAGGUCCUUUCAGCCCUGAUUUUCUAGUAAAGACUCAACUGUAUUAGGAACAGCUUGUAAACCUCUUCCUACACAAAGGACUUUUUGACAUCUGGGUGAAAGGAGCUGUCAUCUGUGCACUUCUUAAAACCAUUGCUGUAUGUGAUAUGUAAUUAAUACUUCUUAUAAACUCAGCAGAGUGUGCUUUGUCUUUAGUGAAGUUCACACCUGUGUGAAAUUUUGCUGAAGGGGAGUGAACUGCCACAUGUAGCUCAAGGAAGGAAGGAAAGAAGAAAAGCAGGGAGGAAGGAAGGAAUGGAGAAGCAGAAUGGCAUGUUGCCCAUUUAGUUGACUCAAGCCUUCUCAGUCAAAUGAAUCACCAGUUUGGACACAGAAGACGUUUAUGAUUAUGAGAUCUGUUUGGCUCUUCUCCUUUCAAGCUGAGACUCCAUGGGCUUUAAAAAAUACAGGAUAUUUCUCAAUGACAUUUACUUAGAUACCCGUCUUCCCUGCAAAUGGAAGUAAACCCCUAUCACUAUAAAUUCUGCUUUAAAGAGAGAGACUGCUUAAAGGACUAAACACUUAGUAUGAGCACCCCACAGGGAGGCUUACAUUCCCCUUUCCAGUGACACUGAACCAGGUGUAAACUACUUAGCAAAUGUUACUGAUGUUUAGCAAAUAACAGCACCUAACACGAAGCAGCCUUAUGUUCAGAGCAAGCUGCAUUAAUAUUUACCUCAAUUUUGAUCUAAGAUUUACAGCUUUAUCUACUCUGAGCUUCUAUGGUAGUAUCAGUACCCAGUCUAGCUAUUUUCUAGGUAAUCUGGAUGUGUAUUGUAUCAGCUUUUAAUUGCUAUAAUGACCACACCAAAGACUGCAGAUUUGGGAGAGUAUAUCUGUGAAUGAUUACAUACUGAGUAUCUGAGAUAUUCUCUCACAAAGGUAACUGGGACUAUCCAUCGGGUGCUAUCAUAGUUAUUUGCUCUAGUCUGCCCGUGAUUUUUUGCACAACUCCCUGCAUUCUUAGUUCAAUAAUUUACAAAAUGUCCUGCUUACACCCUUCCAUCUGAAGCCAUCUGAAGUUACUACCACAGUGUUGGCCUUGUUGGUUGUUAUUAAGAUGUCUUAUUAGUUGGUUUUUUUUCGUUUGGUUUGGGCUUGAAGGUUUUUUGUUUGUCUGGUUUUUGGUGGUUUGGUUUUGUUGGGGUGGGUUUUUUUUUUUAAGUAAGAGCUAAGUAACUGCAGAACAAAAUGGUCAUUUCAGCAAAAUGCCAAUAAAAUGUGUUUUCUCAGACAUGCUGCUUCUAAGCCUCAGUUAGGGGGAAGUGAACAUUAGAAACUAGACAAACCUCUGACUCCAGGAGAGCUGGGUUUUAUGGGAAGACUUCCAACGCUGCUUUGCACUGAAUUUUUUCCAUAGCUAAAUGUCUAAUCCACUUUGUGCCAUUAUGCUAGGCAAACUUCAUCAACAUUUAAUUGAUGUAAAUGAAUAUGAAUUAUAGAAUUGCUCAUACAAUUCUAUAGAAAAUUUAAAAACAAUACAGCAGACUAUGAUGAUCUAUGAAAAAUCAUGAUACCAUCUUCCUACCUGGUUCAGUGGUAGUCAUAAGACUGGAAGGGUGCAACACGCAUUUCUUGUUUGACUGUGAUGGCUAGAAUGAAAGAAAAAUAUCUCUCAUGAGAGGUACACCUAAUUGCAACUGAUAAAAUCAUCUGUUAAAUGGAUUGUACAUUACACAAGUAUUUGCAGGUAAUUUCCUUUAGCCCAUCUCCCUUUCUCCUCUGUUACAUUCUUUUUUCCCUACCCUUGACACGUAUAAACAUUUGGGUUUAGCAUGUGCUAAAGGUUAAAUGCAAGGAUUAAAAUAUGUUUUAAAUUCCUAACAGUGGAUCAAUACUUUUGACGUGAUUGAACACUAUGGCUCGUAUGAAUUCAUCUUUGAAGGUAAAAAGUCGUCAACAUAUAUGUGACUCUAAUGCUAGUGAUUAAAUGCCAUCUUCCCUUCUUGGUUCUACAGUUGAGGUAUUAUUCUUGGUUCUGUUAGGUUUAUGUCAAAAAUGUUACAAUAAAUGCUCUCUUCAAAUGUA